AGUCCAAGCAAAACAUUCGUUGAGCGCGUAUGGCUGUCGGUGCCAAACAUGCCAAUUUACCCAUAAAAGUUUUCACAUAUCGUCAUUGUCGAAUUGCUCGUUUGUUUCUUUUUUUUUCAUUAUUAAUCACUCCAAUAAAGUGUCUCGCUUGAUGACCAUUUGAGGUGAAAGAAUAGCAGCAGCUUAUUUGUCAGCGUAUGAUCGAGACGGAGUAUUCUCACUUUGGCAUAUGGAAAGUGGACACAAUUAUACCCUACUUUGCAUGCAACAGUGUGAUGGAUAAAGUGCGUAUAUAGUGAUGAAGUGUUUCUCAACAUUAAAAUAAUAAUAGUGGUGAGGUAAAAAAAAGUGAAGCAAUAUUCUUGUAUUUUCUCUCUCAACGAGAGAACUGUACGGUAUAUACCAUCGAAGAAGAAUAAAUUGCAUCAGUUUCUCCAUAAAGCCAGUGAAUUGGUAGAAACUCUUGGUGUAAUUACACGCAUUGCAUUGGAGGUGGAUUCUUCUCAUAUAUAUGGAAUUUAUGCUAUGGAAGCUUUCGUGUCUCUGUGGAGAUACAUAAAAAAUAUUUUCUCAGCAUCGAAUUGCUCAGCAAUUGAACAAUUAAAGAGGUGCGCAAUUUUGUGAUUUUGCUGUUGAUCUACAGGUUGAAGGAAAAAAAAAUAUUAAAAACGAAACAUCGUGCAGAGUGCAUAGAAAAUUGCAUAUAGUGCAAGAACAAGAGAGGGGAAUUUUUCUUGUGUGAGGAUUUUGUGUUUGUGAAGUGGAAGAGGAAAAAAAAUGUAGCCACGGAGGUUUUAUUACAAAAACCAUCAGGGACCAAUUCUUCGAGAGGUGCAAUUAAAUGCGAUGCACAGAAAGGAUUCCGGCGCCAGCAUGAAAUCUGUCUCUUUGUCAGCCCCACUGAUCCUGCUGCUGAUAGUUUUCAGUGAAGGAGCCGCCACUGGAGCUUCAUCGCCAAUUAAUCCGGCCACCAAUUGUACCGGGGAUGGUCAGGCAGUGCGUGCAAAUUGCACAUCCGAUCAUGCAGCAGCAGCACCACGCCGGGUUAGCAGUGUUGAUCGCGACAACAAACUCAUGACCGUCUUGGCGGCACGACGUAGCGCACUAGCACGCGACAGAGGGCGCCAUGUGAUUUCCCGCCAAGUUGCUGAUCUCCCGCCACGUGAUCUCGCGCAACGUGAUCUCCCCGUACGCGAAUGUGAGAGAAAUUGCACGAGAAGUUUCACCGUUCAACCAUCCCCUGAGUGCAUGCGACGAUGUGCAUCUCUCAGAGGGGCUACAGUGCACAGAAGGAUUGCCGAUCGUACGGUUUCAUCGCGUGAGGAGGAAAAUAUCUCAGAAUCCAAUACGAUCGUCAAUGGGCGCGAUGAGUUGCUGCAAACUGAAGAAUCAGCUCAUGGGAUGACGAUCAUUCACACAAGUCGGGAACUUGAAUCAUUCCGCAAUGCCACAAAGAAGAGCACGAAUAAUUCCUUGGAUACGAAUUCCAAGCAAAGGAAUAUCACGAGUAAGGAUGUAGUUUCACCGACAAAACCCACACGAUCGUAUGUAGAUAUAAGGAGUAAGAGACUGGAGGUGGCAAAGCAACGUCAGAAAACAUCCACGGAUAAAUCCGUUGAGGAGGCUGAUCUCCUGCCAUACCUCUACUUUGGGCAGAAGAUCACCGCCACGAAGAUCACUGAAACCAAAAAUCAGGUGAUCACCACAAAGAGAUCCCCUUAUUUCAGCAAUAGCGGAAGUGCUAAGCAAUCCUUGGGGAAAACUAAAGAUGCCGCCGAUGAAGAUGAGAUUAUGGAGGUGUCAGCUCCGAAAGUUUCCACAACAGAAAAGAAUAAAUUCUGGCAACAUGGACGCCUCUACUAUCCAACGAGGAAUAUUGUGGCAUUCAGCAGAAGAGGACUGAAUAUGUCUGGAUUUGGGAACGCUAAGGCGUCAACAAGUACAUCAACUGAUGCUUCAGUACCGCGAUUACUGGAAGAUGUUCCAGUUGAUAUUAUUCACAUUCCCGAGAAUAACAGUAGUGCAAAGUUGGUGACACUGCGCAGUACAGAUGCUGCACCAACACCUUUUGCUCUGGACAAAAACCCGCCGAAUCUCCAUGGGAUCAUUCUUGAAGUCCCACCAUCAUCCUUACCAGCUUUAGAUAUUCAUUCCAUUAAUCCUUCAUCGUCAAAUUUUGAUAAGGAUGUCAAUCUUGUUAUAUUCACCAACACCAAGAGGACACCUGAUAGUGAUCCUUCUCCAUCUGAGGUGGCUCCUGUGAUAAAUGGUAGUGACAUUUUAACAAUUAACCGGGAUCUUGCACCGGAGUUUACAACUGAGGCUUCAGACACGAGAUCGGAGGCUACGUUAGAUGUCAGGCCAGAUGCUAGGCCAGAAAUUAGGCCAGAAGUUAGACCAGAUAGAUCAGAAGGAUCAAAAUUGGGUUCAGAAGACGCAAUCACCGUUGUAAGAGUUCCUGAAAUACCAUCAACAACAUCAACAACAUCAACAACAACAACAACAUCAUCCACCACUACAACAUCCACAACAACAACUACCCCUGUAUCAACUACAACAACCCCAAGUCAACCUUCACUAACAGUUCCCGAGAGUGCAGAGGAGGAUACCAAUACCAGAGCAUACUCAAUAGUUCCAGGGAUCAAGGCAAUCUUCCCCAAUAUUUCCACAGCAGCUUCCCUUCCGCCCGACAAUGAUGAAGCAAUGCAAUUCCCAAUUGCCUCGAGCACAAGCAAGAGUGUGAGUAAGACAACCUUCUCGACUUCUGUGAGAUCUACAAGUGUUCCAACCCCUGUAACCUCUUCUCCUGCUGUGGAAGAUGAUACAGAACAACCUGAGAUUACAACGGAAACAGUGGAGGAGAAUGGGGUGGAUACUGAUGCACCAAAGAUCAUUAAUAUUUCCAACUCAAUGUUGCCAUCAUUCUUCAAUAUUUCCUCAAUUUUUCCCACUUUUCCCAUCAUGGCAAAUAACAUUUCAACCACGCGGAAGACAUCACUCAAUGCCGAAGGAGGUGUCCUACUACGACGCAAUGGGGAUGUUACAAUUGAGAUGCACAGGAUGAAUAUGGCGGCGUAUGUUCUAGCUGGGUUGGGGAUGUUCCCAAUUGCCAUCAUUAUAAUUUACGUCGUAAGAACGGUGAUCUUGAAGCGGGAGGCUAAGCAAGCCAGUGAUCUCGAGAGGUACAUGAGCGAUGGGCAGCCCAUAAGUCCUGUGGUCAAAAUGGAAGACUCCUCGGGGGAAGAAUCCAUAAUGACUGAGAGGGAUUUCAAUAGGAAUAACCUGAGAUUCAAGAGCCUUCUCGGGGAGGGAAAUUUCGGGCAAGUCUGGAAAGCAGAGGCUGAUGAUCUGGCUGGACAUUUGGGGACAACGAGAAUUGUUGCAGUGAAGACUGAAAGAUCUGAAAAUGGAAGUGGUGGUUUGAAGAUGGAAGCGGAUAUUAUGAGGAAGCUUGGUAGCCAUCCGAAUGUAGUUACUCUCCUUGGUGCUUGUAUAGAUCAAGAACCUCAUCUUCUCAUCAUGGAGUUCGCCAUGAGGGGACGAUUGCUGUCCUUACUACGUGCUGCAAGGAGUGCUAUUCAUUCAGUUCCUCAAGCUGCAUCCAGUGGAAAUAAAACAGCUUCCAUACCACUUUCCCCACGAAGAUUAUCAGGAUUUGCUCAUGACAUAGCUCGAGGAAUGGAAUACAUUGCAAGCAAGAGGAUUGUCCAUCGGGAUUUAGCUGCGAGGAAUGUCCUUUUGGACCACAAUGGCGUAUGCAAGAUCUGUGAUUUUGGCAUGUCAAUCGAUUUGGAUAAAUCGAAACGCAUCCAAACGCUCUAUUCACGCAAAACAAAUCUCCGGAGAUCGCACAGCAGCAACAGAUGUGGGGAGUCGAGGUUCCGCUUCCAACCCUUCUCUACUCUUGAUACCAAAUUUGGGAUUUGUCGCAGUGAAAGCCAAACGUGUGGGACAAAGAUGCGUCCGGCACUUCCAAUAAGGUGGAUGGCACCGGAAGCACUGCAGUAUCACAUCUUCUCAACUGAAACAGACGUUUGGGCCUUUGGGAUUGUUGUUUGGGAAAUUGCAACAUUGGGAUGUACCCCGUAUCCAAAUCUCUCUGGUCGUGAGGUUGUUCGAAGUGUUCCAGCUGGUAUUAGGCCUGAAAUUCCACCAGACUGUCGUCCUGAGCUCUAUCACCUCAUGACGAAGACGUGGCGAAAGGACCCAAGGCAGAGGCCCAGCUUCUCAGAGGCACGCAAUGAUCUCGCCCACGCACUACGUCAGUGGGAGAUUGAGCAGGAAAAUUCCUCAGAAUAUCUCGAUGUGAGUGGCUUCAGUGAGGACCUGGAGCAUGGGAUGGUGUACUUCAAUAGGCGAAUAUCGGAAUUUGAAUGCGAUAUAUGACUAGAAAAUGUUUAAAACCCACUAAUUCUGGUGCUAAAGCCAGUUCUAAAGUAUUAGACACGUUGCACAUUGUGAGAAAAGAAAAUCCUGUAAAUAGUAUUUAACACAUUUUACAAUAUUAUUGAAAACAGUUCAGAAUUCUUCCUGGACUGAUAAUUUUUUUUUGCUAAAUUAAGAAAAGAAAUUUCACACAAAAUCUUCUCUUUUAGAAAUAUCUAGUCUUUGGAGGUAAGGAAGGGAGGGAAUUCACCGGAGUGAUUUUUUCCCAAGUCUUUAAUGGAGAUAAUUUAAUGAAUUUUUAAUACCUUCAGAUUAUUUAUUAAGUGAAAUGAAUUUUAUUUUAUCUCAAACUGUUGACGUUUUAUCGAAUAAAAAAAAAUCUGUGAAAAUGUA